CACUGAUUGUAGCAGUAGUUCUCUAUACUGCACGGGAUCAAACUGGAUACACGAACAACCAAAUCAGUGAAAUGAUUUCAAGUGAAGGGUUUGAUGGCGCACGCAAUAACCAUGGCUCUUGGGACUAAGACGGUGGCCACAGUGCUUGUAGCUGCCGCACUGAUUGUAGCAGUAGUUCUGUAUACUGCACGGGAUCAAACUGGAUACACGAACAACAAAAUCAGUGAAAUGAUUUCAAGUGAAGGGUUUGAUGGCGCACGCAAUAACCAUGGCUCUUGGGACUAAGACGGUGGCCACAGUGCUUGUAGCUGCCGCACUGAUUGUAGCAGUAGUUCUGUAUACUGCACGGGAUCAAACUGGAUACACGAACAACAAAAUCAGUGAAAUGAUUUCAAGUGAAGUUAAAAGAGAGAAAGCACAGAUGAUGUCACAGAUCUCGGCCAUGGACGAAAGUGCGAACAGCAAGAACCUGCAAGUUGGCAAGAACGCACACACAGAGUUUUUGGAGAAAUUGGUGAAAGGUCUGAAGGAAGCGCUCAUGACAAUGCAGAAGGACAUGCAAGAGACGGACAGGGAACAUAAACGACAGAUUAAAGCACUUCAUGAUCAGCUUCAUGACGCACGUGGUCAAGGAAGUGUCGACACGAAAGCGGCAUCUGGGAAAGAUGGCCACCCUCAAGAUGACGAGGACGCUUUAAAGAUUACGAAGUGGUGGCAAGCGUCAACCCUUUUGAAGUGGGACUGGGAGAAACCCCCGGAGUACAGGUGCAGUAAGAUUGAGAAGAGGGGCAACUGGCACAUAUGUAACGACACAAUCUUUGAGGUCAAGCCACCAUGUCUAGUUUACUCCUUUGGGAUUUGGAAUGACUGGUCGUUUGAUGACGCAAUGGGCGCGCUUGGCUGUGAAGUUCAUUCUUUUGACCCAAGCAUUGGACAAAAGUCCUUCAACAGAAGCAAGAACGUCCACUUCCACGACCUGGGCCUCUCGGGGAAGGAUAGUGACACGUAUGUUCCUACUAAGGACAAUUAUGUAAAACAUGCAACAACCUGGAAGAUCAGACGCCUCAAGACUAUCAUGGAGAUGCUUGGACAUACAAAUAGACACCUUGAUUUUCUGAAGAUUGACAUAGAAACAAGCGAAUGGCCGGCAGUGAAGGACAUGGCGGCAUCUGGAAUGUUCUCCAAAGUCAAACAGUUUGCUGUUGAGUGGCAUCUGUUUGCAACAUAUCCAAGCAGAUCGGAAUACGUAGGCAUUUAUGCAAGUGUCAUGGCCAUGAAGAAGCAAGGAUUACGAACAUUUAGAGCCGAUUUUCAUGGAAAGGACUACAGAGAUAAGACCUUCCGUUUCCAGGCAGAUGUUAACUAUGUUAACAUAUUAUAUAAAGGCAUGUAACACUGUACUGUAUUUGAAUGUCACAUACCUUCCGGAUAUGCAUCUGUUGUUUAUUACAGAGGAAUAGUUUAAACUUGCAAUUUCAUUUAUUGCGUCAUACAUAAUAUAUGCCUGAUGUGAUCCGGUUGCGUGUGUGCAUUCUAUUUUCAUUAUACUAUAUUCACACGCGUUUCUCUCGCUCAUAACAUACCCAAUUGUCCAUAACAAAACAUCAACGUCGGCAAUGAACACACAUGAAAUAUUAUGCCCCUGUCAUUCGCUUCAUAUCAGGAUAUAACUAAUUAGCAUUCUCGGGACAUAAAUAUUAUAUUUUGUUUAAUAAUCUAUACAUAUGUUUGUAUGAUUUUCUGUUUAUUCGAUGUAUUUAUAUCAUUGAACAAUGUUUCAUUUGUUUGAUCGAAUCGAGUGAAUUCUUAUUUAUUCAAUGUUGACCAAUUAGUAAUAUUAAACGUCGUGUAACCUUUGUGUUUAUGAAAACAAAUUUCGUCCUUUUUUAAAGGACUCUUCUUAUUAUGUCCUGAUUAUGUCAUAUUUGCAACUUGUAUUAUGUUGGUUGAAAAUCGUGUUUACGAGAUUGGCGCGUUGUUGUUUAAUUGCUAUAUUUGUGCUUGAGGAUGUAUAUUUAUACUCAGAUUAAAUAUAUCUUCUCCGU